UCCUGACAUUUUGCAGUUUUUCUUUGGCGUUGAUCGGUGAUGAUCGUGAUGAUGUGUAAAUGAACAAAAAAUAUAUUUGUGAUUCUCAAUAAAAAUACUUCAUGAAAUUGUGAAUUUGAUAGCAAAAAUUCUGGUGUUUGUGAUUGACGACUAGAAGAAUGAAUUAUAAUGCGAGUAGCGGUACCCGUCACCGUAAGUUUGAAGCUUCCGGGGGAGGGCCGAAAAAGCCGAAACGUGUGAGUGACAUCAACGCAAUGGGCGCUCCAGCUGCAUCCGCCCCGCAGUUCAGUGCAUUCGAACAAAGCGCACCACCAAUGACGAACAACACUGCAUAUGGUGUACCAACAUCUGCACCCAAUGCUUAUGGGCCAGGCUUCAAUCAAUAUAGCAACUUUGCUAAUGUACCACAACCGCAACCAAACAUGCCAAUGAAUCCGCCUGGACCAACACAGCAACCAGGUGCCAGUUUCCCACCUCAAUUUUCCGUUUUUCAACAACCGAUUGUGCAAGAUAUGGCACUACAAUAUGGACAAAAGUUGGCUGACCAGGGAAAGGAAAUUGUACACACUCAUUUCGAAAAGUACAUCCCAGUGACAAAAUUGAAAUAUUAUUUCGCUGUAGAUAACCGAUACGUGAUGAAUAAGUUACGAUUGAUUUUCUUUCCCUUCACUCAAAGGGAUUGGUCCUUAAAAUACGAUCAUGACAAUCCGGUACAACCUCGUUACGAUAUAAACGCACCGGAUUUGUACAUCCCUACCAUGGCUUAUAUAACAUAUGUGGUACUAGCCGGAAUGGUAUUAGGUUUUCAAAAUCGUUUUUCUCCAGAACAGCUGGGAAUUCAAGCGUCAAGUGCACUCGCCUACAGCAUUUUUGAGCUGGUCAUCUACACAUUAGCAUUGUACAUAGCCAAUAUUCCUACGACGCUGAAAACCCUAGAUUUGUUGGCACUCACUGGUUAUAAAUACGCAUCCAUCGUGUCAAUUUUGCUGUGCAGCAUUUUCCUUCGAAAAGCAGGAUAUUACAUAUCUUGGUUAUAUGCUAGUGCAUCGCUGGGAUUUUUCUUGCUUCGCACAUUGAAGGCUAAAGUUUUGUCGGAACCCGUGCAGGCACAGGAUCCGCCUACUUAUGACCCCUAUCGCCAGCAACAGCAGCAAUUCGAGCACACUGUCGGCCGUAAACGGAAGUUGUAUUUCCUGUUCUUGGUUACCGGUCUUCAACCAGUUUUGGCUUUCUGGCUAUCAAUGCAUCUUAUUCCUAAUGAUCCAACCGUAACAGCUUCAACAGCGUAGAAUUUUGUAAGUCAAACGCUUUUUAUAAAAGAUAUCACAGUUCAAUAAACAAAAUUAAAAAUCAGUCAAAUAUGUAAUUGCUCGAUUUAAUAUUGGUAAAUAUAACAAUCUGAUUAUUUUAACUUUCUUA